AUGGUCAAAUCAUACCGAGUCUUUACUGGAGCCCCGUCUGUUCACGACAUCGCAACGUCGACUCCUCCAUAUCGAUGGCGAACCUGCUCAACUUCAACUUCACCGAUACCGUACUACGGACUCCCUCCCGCUACGUUUGAGGCAGCGAGCCGUAGAAUUUCCCUGCUAUAUCAGAACAUCAUCUUUGAUGACCAUUCCGAGGAAGACGUCCACGGCGGCGGAGAUCUCGAUCCCAGUGAGCUGCAGGAGAAAACGACCUUCAUCACCUGGUCGCCCACUGCCGUCGACACGACGGGAAGCCAAUUCGCCUCGAGGACCGGAACCUCAUUUCUCCGCCCGACCGCCAGUGCGUCAAGGCCACGCUCCCAAUUUCAAACACAAGACACACAGGACAAAACGUCGUACAUUUACUCCGACGCGUCCUCCAUCUCUCGUUUCCCCGCCUUCCACUUCAGCCUGCACGCUCUCACCCCACUCUCAUCCCUCAUAGCCGAGGCGCACGCCCAGAAGCGCCAACCCAACGCAGGAAAGGACAGCCGCAAGGUCACGGUGCUAGCGGCAGUACUUGAGCUCGACGGGCCGGAUACCAUCAGGAUCAAGCGUGGCGUCGACGCAGGCAAGGACGUCUCGCUUCUCAAACUGAUUUUAGGCGACGACGACGGCACGAUAUGCAAGCUCACCGCAUGGCGCGAAGUCGCCGAGAGCUGGGGCGGCUCCAUCCCCGAGCUCACCUCCCCCGGCGUCAAGCGCGGAGACGUCCUCCUCCUCGAGAGUGAGUCCGUAAACCCAUCCCAUCUAUCUCUCCACGAUCCCCGGAUUCUCUAUACCGAUCUCACUCUCGAUCUCACAGACGUUCUGGCCAGCUGGGGCAGCGAUGCUGAUAACGUCACCGCGCGCAACGCCGCCCCCGUCUCCUUCACAGCGUCGCCCCAUCUAAAGUCCAGACUCGAGAUCUGCUAUCGCACCAUGCCAAACAUGGCAGAGGACAGCCGCCUGCGCCCUGACCUUCGGCUGGGCUUCAGCGACGCUGCCGUCCGCAAGGUCGCGGCCGUCGUCAAGUGGUUCGAAGCCAUGGCAGGCCUCAACGCCACCAUCGACGCUACAUCGUAG